GUAUACAAACCCACCCUUAUGGUACAAAUAGUUUUAUCCCAUGACAAAUGGUGUUUACUCUUGAGUCUUGAGAAAUCCUCCACUAGACAUAAUACUCACAUGUGCCCGUAGGAAUUAGAAAGUGACUUUCCAAUUCACUUGUCCCCAAAUCUCUCUUCUCUCUCUCUCUCUCUCCGAAGACCGACAAUAUAAUGGCAGAUUGGGGUCCGGUGGUGAUCGGAGUUGUACUCUUCGUCCUCCUUCAACCGGGGCUGAUAGUUCAGAUCCCCGGAAACAACCGCAACUUGGAAUGGGGCGGCAUGAAAACUAGCGGCAAGGCUAUAUGUGUACACGCCCUUAUCUUCUUCGCUAUCUAUGCUGUUCUAAUCUUGGCCGUCCAAGUUCAUGUCUAUACUGGCUGAUCUAUCCAUCUUCAAUCCUGUAAUUCCUGAUUCCAGAAUCUUCUACUUUUUUUCUUUUUUUUUUGGGAAAUAAUCUUCUACUUAAUUUAUUGCCUCAUUUCAAUUACGUAUAUUUGUCUGUUUUUUUUCCCCCAAAAAAUGAAGAUGCUAUGUGUCUUGUUCCGUUGUUCCUUACUGAAAUCGAAUUG